AGGAAGAGGACGGAAAGCUAUAAAACGUAGAGGCAGAAAACCAAGGGGUAAAAAGGCUGUAAAAAGGGGAAGGAAACAAAAAGGACGGAAAGCUAUCAAACGUAGAAAUAGAAAACAAAAGAGUAAAAAGGCCGUCAAACGAGGAGGCAGAAUACGAAGAGGACGGAAAGCCAUCAAACGUAGAGGCAGAAAACCAAGGGGUAGAAAGGCUGUGAAACGAAGAGGCAGGAAAGGAAGAGGACGGAAACCUAUCAAACGAAGAGGCAGAAGACAGAAAGCUAUAAAACGUAGAGGCAGAAAACCAAGGGGUAAUAAGGCUGUCAAACGAAGAGGCAGGAAACAAAGAGGACAGAAAGUUAUCAAACG